GGGAUAUUCUACAAUGUUUGUUUUUUUACAGUCAUCUUCUCGCUUUAGUCUCAGAGGUGAUAAGCUUCAGCAUAUUUAAGAGGCGUGAGUGGAUCAGACCAACUCAUAACGCCGUCCUGACAUUAUCUGACUCUAGAUCCAGAGAGAGAGAGAGAGAGAGUGAGAGAGAGAGGGAGAGAGAGACUGACGCUCACCAUGCUGUGUCACGGCCGCUUCGGUCAUGCGAUAUUGCUCCUCUGUGCUUUUUCAUUGUGGGCUGAAACUGCGAUGUGUGGCUCCAGCUUCCUCAGUCCAUCCCAGAGACCACAGAAUCGUGGAGACCGAAAGCCACCUCGAGUGGGACGGAGGACUGCAGCUGAGCUCGAGACUCCUCUUCCUUCCGAGGAUAGGAUCAUGGUGAGCGCACCGUUCCAGCUGGCUGUGUCUCUCAGUGAGACAGAAUAUCAGGAUUAUGGUCCUGUGCUGCAGAGGAUGUUACUGGAUGUCCUGGGUGAUCCACCAACUUUGGACGGAGCAAACUAACAGCAUCUGAACUGAACGGAUCCUGAUUCGCAUACAAAAUGCACAUUACUAAAACAACAGAUUGUGAAAUGUGAAUAAAAUGAAAAUAAAAUGACACCAUGGCAAGCUUA